AUGCCACCUCGAAAGUCGACCAAACCGAAUCAGAGUCCCUCUACUGCUGCAGGGAGAUCUUCAAGAAAGAGGGAUCAGUUACAAACAACGGCCAGUAUCGCACUGGAUAUAGUCGCAAAUGUAACAGGGGUGUCGGAUAUCCUCGCUCCUCUCACGGCAGCCUGCAAAACAACAAAGUCGAUCAUUGAUACUAUCGACGAUAAUCAAGGAGACUGGAACGACCUAAAGAUAGAGUCGUCGACGAAGCCUUGCCAGCCACUCAUUCGUUAUGUCGAACUUCUCGAGGAUAUUCAUUGCGCGAUCGUCAAUAAUGCGCAUAAGAGACCUCGCACCAGGCGCAGUGCUGUUAUGGCCAUCGGGAAUGUGAAGAUUGACGCUGGACUCAUUCGCAAGUUCAAUCGAGAUAUCGAGGACCGGCAUAGGCAGUUCAUGGAGGCGUUGGCUCUUUUCACAGGUCAUCGUAUCCAGGUCAUCGAACAGCACACUAAAUCGACAGCGGCCAAGGUUGAAACAAUCGUCUCGGACAGUAAGCUAAGACUUGUCUAUAGACGCCUCGCUAAACACCCCAAGUCGAUGCAUCUUUCAUAUGCCAACUCCAGUCGUGGCAUUCGUCCGUCCUCAGUCCAUAGCACCUGUUUACAAGGGACUCGUCUGGAUGUUCUCGAAAAAAUCAAGACAUGGGCCGAAGACGAUACAUCUGAUAAACCAAUAUUCUGGCUCUGCGACGUAGCCGGUUCGGGCAAAUCCACCGUCGCAAUGUCGGCAGCGGAGACGUGGCGUGCGGAGGGAACCCUCGGAGGCCAGUUCUUCUUUUCAAUCGCAAACAGCGAGACGUCGAAUACCGAAAAGUUCUGCUCGACGAAAGCGGGUAGUUCUCAUCGUCGACGCCGUGGAUGA